AUGCUGAUUUUGGUUGUGUGUUGGAUAAGUACAGUCGUUUUUCAACAUACAAAUGCUCAGAAUGCAACAUGUGAAGUGCGAUGUGUAACACCACUCGGUGGAAAAGUAUGCAUUGCGAAAUCAUCAAUGUGUAAUGGAAUUCAGGAUUGUGUUGAUGCAAGUGAUGAAGAUCCAAAGUAUUGUCGUGAGUUUAAAUUUUUACUUUUAUUUAACCAUUUUAAAUUUAUUUUCUAUAAAAUAGCGCCUACAUGUGCAUCGACUCAUAUUCGUUGUUUGAAUGCAACUAGUGAUCAGCAAUGUAUACCCAAAUCGUGGGUGUGCGAUGGAGCUCGAGAUUGUGCUGAUGGAAGUGACGAAGAUCCAAAGUAUUGCCCUGCCAGCUGCAAUUCAAAUCAAAUUCGAUGUGUCAAUCCUGCAUCUGGUUCAACAUGUAUAUCUAAAUCAUCCUUGUGCGAUGGAAUUCAGGACUGUUAUGAUGGAAGCGAUGAAAACUCAGCUUAUUGUGUCUGCUCUCCUAAUCCAUGCUGGAAUGGUGGUACCUGUGUAGAAACAAAUGGUGGUUUAGAUUACUAUUGUAUAUGCCCCUCAAGUCUUCCAUUAGGUGGCAAGAAUUGUGAUCAAUUAAUUUCGGCAACAACGAUAGCACCGUCUCCGUGUUUAUCAAGUCCAUGUAUGAAUUUAGGAGUAUGUACUGUCAAUCAGUUGUCCAACACAUUUACAUGCACAUGUUCUAAUAAUUAUUAUGGAAAUCGAUGUGAAUAUCCAAAUCAAUGCUUAACACAAGUACUUUGUCAAAAUAGUGGCACAUGUGUUCCAGGACCAAGUACAGCCGCCAAUAAUAUUUGCAUAACGAUUCCUGGUUUAUGUGAAAAUGGCGGAACAUGCGUGUCAACUUCAGCAAAUUCAUUCACAUGUAAUUGUCCUCCUCAGUAUACCGGGUCAAGAUGUUCGACAUUUACUCCUAUGAGUACAUGCCAAUCGAAUCCUUCUAUGUGUUUAAAUGGUGGCUACUGUGCCCUAGCUGGCAAUUUAUAUCAAUGUAUAUGUCGAACUGGUUUUACUGGACAAUAUUGCCAGACUUCAACGUCACCAGCCAGUGAUGAUUGUGUUUCUCAACCAUGCCUCAACCAAGGUGUUUGCACACAAGGUCCAUUCACAUACAAUUGCAGAUGUGUACGACCAUACACUGGAAAACGAUGUGAAAGUGUUUCAUCAAUUAACUCACCGUGCGACUCGAAUCCAUGUAGCAAUUCUGGCCAAUGCAGUGUGAAUGGAUCUGGUUUUCGAUGUACAUGUCUUCCAGGUUACUCAGGAACCAUGUGCGAAAUAAAUAAUCGACCAGCGUCCUGUCAGAUCAAUUGCACGCCAGGAUAUUGUAUUUCCAAUCCAGGCAGUAAUCCACCAUACGCAUGCUAUUGUCCAAGCGGUGCAAUUCAACCAAAAUCAUGUUAA